AUGCCCGGUGGCCGGCCAGUGCAGCUGAUCGUAACGGCGACGAUGUUGGUGAUAUUCUGUUGUGGAACGUCGUCGUACGCGGAUUGGGCCGAUUGCCCGAAGGCGUGCCAAUGCAAGUGGAGUUCGGGCAAGAAGACGGCGCUGUGCAAAGACGCCGGGUUCACCGAAAUACCGAUUUCGCUGGACGCCGAAAUGCAGGUGCUCGACCUAAGCGCCAACAGCAUACGUGGCCUGCCGGAAGACGCGUUCAAAACGGUCGGGCUGCUGAACCUGCAACGGGUGUUCCUUCGGGGUUGCGGCAUACACAACGUACACAAGGACGCGUUUAGAGAACUGAAAAUACUCGUGGAACUCGAUCUCAGCGACAACCUGAUCGGCUCGCUGCACCAAGAGACGUUCCACGGCAACGAACGUCUCCGCGUCCUGUACCUGAACGGUAACCCGUUGAGCGAGAUUAAAGAGAUCCAAUUCCCCGUGCUACAGCAUCUCCGGACGCUCGAGUUGCAACACUGUCAAAUCAAACGCGUACACCGGGACGCUUUUUUGCAUCUGUCGUCGUUGGAGUCGUUGAAUUUGAACGGGAACCUGUUGAAACGGCUGUCGAAAACCGUGUUCUUGCCCGUGUCGAAACUGAAAACGCUGUCACUGGACGGAAAUCCAUGGGUCUGCGACUGUCAGCUGAGAAAAUUCCGGGACUGGUUCGUGAAGUCGAAUCUCUAUUCCCAUCCGCUGUCGUGCAUCGAGCCGGAAGUGUUGUCCGGGAAUCAUUGGGAGAACAUCGAUCCUAUCGAGUUCGCUUGUCCGCCGGUGGUCAAGAUUGACAGGAGUAGCGUUAUGGAGGAUGUUGGUAACAACGUUACAUUUACGUGCAAAGUGACCGGAGAUCCGGAGCCCGAGGUCAGCUGGUACUUUAACGGGCACAACAUCGAAAACUAUACGGAUCAGAUGGACGAAAAUCGCACAUGGCUGGAAAACGACCAGAACAUGUGGAGCGUGCUGAACAUAUUCAACGUGUCGGACGUGGUCGUGGGGGAAUUUACGUGCGAGGCUCGUAAUUCCCGAGGACAGAUGUCGGCCAACGUGUCUUUGGCUUUGCCCGAAGUAGCGGUAGCCACAACGCUGAGCAAAUCCAAAUCCAUGUACCUGGUUGUGGUGGUCGCGGCGGCCAGCGUCACGGGGUUGCUGUUCGUGAUCGGCUUGACGUGUUGCAUAUGCCACGCGAACAAGAAGUCCGGAGGCGGACGUCGGGACAGCAAAUCGAAUUUCAAAGGGAGCACCAGUUUCAGUGAUGCGGACAAAAGGUUGCUGGACGCGAGCAUAUCGACCACGCAAGCCGGUAGCUGCGAAAUGCUCGGAGGCGGCGGCGGCGGUUCGUCCUGCCAGGACCUCGAGCUCAUCGAACAGUCGCUGCAGAACAUCCCGUUGGCUUCGGUGUGCGACCAGCAGCCCGUGCACAUAACCAUCGAGAGUCACGACCCGAACUCCGGCGUGUCGCUGUACCCGCCGCCGCCGGAGUUCUCCACCAGUAUCCUUCCGACGGUCAGCGGUUUCGGGAACAUAUUCAUUUCGGUGUCGGUUAGCCAAGAACCGCCGGACCAGGAGUCCAGGUACCCGGACUUGCUGGACAUGCAACACCGCGGGCAAAAACAGAGCGUCAGCGUCGGCACCAGUUCGAACCAACAACAACAUCAACAACAACAGCAACAACAACAACAACAACAACAACAACAACAACAACAGCAACAGCAACAGCAACAACACCAUCAACACCAUCAUCACCAUCAUCCGCAUCAAACCGCUGCGGUGGCGGCUGCGGCGUCGUAUUAUGCCACUAUGCCGCGGAAAAAACACUUGAAAGACCACCAGCCGAUGAAAUCGGUGUUGCCGCACUACGAUAACAUGGGUCCGCGGAUCACGGCCACGGGGAGCUGUACGAACCUGUCGUCGAUCUCCAACAGCGGCGAAUCUUCCGACGACAUACCGCCGCCUCCGCCGCCGCCGCUGUGCACCGGACACACGGAUUACGUCGCCCUUUAA